UCCUAGACCCUCGACCUUGUCACCCUCUCCCUUAACCAAAACACAAGACAAAGACAAAACCAAAAACAAAGUCCCAUUUCUCUCUCUAAGGAAUCAGAAACUUGUUAUAAAGCAAACGAAGAAAACAUCUAAACCUUAAAAUAAAAACACAUCAAACCUUAUCAGAAGCGAUGAAUCCUCAACAGCAACAACAAAAUCCAGUAGAUCCAGACCACCCACAACUCCCAACAAUCAAGAUCCACCACCCUUCUUCCCCACGCCACUCCCACCACCACCCCCACCUACACGCCGCCACCCCCACCGCUGGUGCCCGCCGCAAGAUCGGCGUCGCCGUUGACCUCUCCGAUGAAUCUGCCUACGCUGUCAGCUGGGCUGUCGACCACUACAUCCGUCCCGGGGAUGCUGUCAUUCUCCUCCACGUCAGCCCUACAUCCGUUCUAUUCGGUGCUGACUGGGGCCCGCUCCCUCUCUCCACUCCGACGCAAUCGCAACUCGAUCUUCUGAACAAUACUAGCAAAUUUAAUAAUGAAAUUGACAGUAAAAAUGACAGUAGUGAGAAGCCGCAGCAACAGAACGAGGACGAUGAGGAUGCUUUCACUGCGUCGAAAGCGGCCGAUCUUGCAAGGCCUUUAAAGGAAGCGCAGAUCCCGUAUAAGAUUCAUAUUGUGAAAGAUCAUGAUAUGAAGGAGAGGCUGUGUCUUGAAGUUGAGAGGUUAGGGUUGAGCGCGGUUAUUAUGGGGAGUAGAGGGUUUGGUGCGGAGAAAAGAGGGAGUGAUGAGAGAUUGGGAAGUGUAAGUGAUUAUUGUGUUCAUCACUGUGUAUGUCCAGUCGUGGUUGUUAGAUAUCCUGAGGAUAAGGAUGGCGGUGUGGCUGAUCUGGAGGCGGUUGUUAAUGUGCCAGAGGACGUGGAGGCUGCAGAGGGAAAACCUAAAGAUGCCUAGUUUGAACUACCUUAUUGCGACUAGUUCAUCUACAUAGCAGAUAUAAUGGAGUUGUCCCUGCCAGCAGAGAUUAGGUGAAGAAGCCGAGGAGUUAAUAAGAUGAUCUUGUUUGGGUCUACUGUUUUCCAGUAGACAGAUUGUAGAAGAAUGCUCUUAUCUCCCGUGUGACUCUUGUCCAAUGUUUCUCACAUUUGAAACUCGGGAGGAUUUGUAAUGUUUGUACGGCUGAUCAUUGAUGUGAGGUUUCUGGAUAUUCAUGUAGGCUUUUGGAAUUGUGUUUCAAUGGAUUGUAAUGUACAUCAUUUUGGUGCUGAAGAUUGCUUCUCUUUA